AUGGAACAGCUGCCCUUGCCGUCGAGUCUCACCGAGGUGGAAGCGUUGAUCCGAGCGCUGUAUUCGCGAAACUCUCCCGAGACCAUCUCCAAAAUACAGGAGGUUUUGCAGCGGCUGCAGAAAUCGCCCCAGGGGUGGCAGCUCGCCUCCAGCUUGAUCGCGAGCCGCGAUGAAAACGUCAGAUUCUAUGCUGCCUUGACGCUGAUCGUCAAGCUCAACCGAGACAGUGCUGAGCUGUCCGAGGACGAUGCCAAGGGUCUCAUCGAGAACAUCGUGGGAUGGGUCCUUCAGUCACUGGCCGAUGGCACGAGUGCCUUCGUGACCAAGAAGCUCAGCUCAGCUCUAGUCACAUACUUCAUCCACUUCUCCCACCUGUGGCCCAACUGUGUCCGCCAUUAUGUCCACUGUCUAGAUCUUGGCCGCGGUGUCUCAGUCGACGGGCUGGACGACGCUCUGCCUACAAGCGAGCUCGUUGCAAAGCUCAGUCCCCAGCAGCUCAAAGCCGCCAUCUGGUUCGCAACCUCGCUCGUUGAAGAAGUCGGGAAAAUAGACAUGAACUCGCCUAAAUUUGCAAUUGUUCACGACCGGCUUGUCAAGAACGCAUCUGAUGUAGCAUACCUUCUCGCCCGUAGUUUCUCUCAGCCGCUGAACACUCCUGGGCCGAAGAUACAAGAUGAUGCGCUGAAUUGCUUUCAGGCUUGGAUUUUGUAUGCCCAGCGCGUUCCGUCUAACACGGACGUCCUGAUAACGCCGCUCCGGGAACUUGUCGACCCGGCAAUGAAUUGCUUCGCAGAUCAGGAGCUUUUCCAGCCCACUGCAGAACUAUUCAGUGACGUUCUUUCUAACUACUCAAGCUUCUUGACUGAGUCCCACUACGGUGCCCUAGCCUCCCUGUUCGACAGCCCGUGGGCGGCAGAGCAUUACAACCGAACCAUUCACGGAAACCACGAAGAGGAGGGCAUUUCUUUUGGUCUGUUAAUGCUAGCAUACGGAGACGCCAAGGUACAGGAUCUGAUGACGAGCCCUGAUGACCGCUCCCAAAGGUUUCUUGAGAAGCUUAGUGGGCUUCUCGCCGCCGACGGCUACGUCGUGAGCGACGACGCCAUAUUCGUGCCCGCCCUCGAAUUUUGGAGCACAUUUGUCGAGACCAUGAUCGACAACACCUUCUCGGACGAGGAAGAAACAAAGUCUUGGAAACCCUACGCCGAUCAGCACCUGAAGGCCAUUGUCAUGAACUGCUGGCGCAAGAUCCAGUUCCCCCCAGCCGAGACAUUUACAGAAUGGGACUCGUCUGAGCGUGUCGGUUUUAGUGAUGGCCGCAAGGAUGUUGCCGACAUGCUGCAGUCCAUAUUCACUCUGAAUGCCUCUAGUCUUGUUUCCUUUUUCGCCGACUUGUUUCUGCAGUCCGUUGCUGCUCAGGCAUGGGCCGAAGUCGAAGCCUCGGCUUUCUGCUUAGGAUCGCUUUCCGACUGUCUUUCGGACAACCCCAAGUAUGAUUUUGAGCUGAGCAAGAUAUUUGAUUUGUCCUUCUUUGAGCUACUUGGCGAAGCCCAUGGCUCGGUGCCUCUCCGACUUCGCCAGACUGGACUGUCGUUGAUAGAGAGGUAUUGUGAGUACUUUGAACGGCAUGCCGAGUACCUUCCCCAUGCUCUCAACUUGCUCUUUGCCGCUGUGGGAGACCCUGUUCUCGGAUCGCCCUCAGCCCGGUCCAUUUCCACCCUGUGCUCUUCUUGCCGCUCAAUCCUCACCGGGGAAGCUGGUGCAUUUCUCAGACAUUACCAGGUAAUCCGCAAUGGCCAGGUUCUUGACUCACUUGUGGAGGAAAGAAUUAUCCUGGCAAUCGCGUCCAUAAUGCAGGCCAUACCGGAUGAGAACCAGAGACUGGAAACAUUCAACGAUCUCUACGUCCUGCUCAAGAACGAUCUUGACCUCGCCGUGCGCUUGAAAGCACACCCGGGGUUACUAAACCUAUCCGACCCUAAUAUUCUCAGGGGAGUAGAUCCGCCAAACCCGCAAGUUACGCCCUCUGCCGAUGAGGUUUCUCUUCAGAUCGCUCUUAGAUCUCUCCGCUGUCUCGCCAAUGUUGGUAGAGGCAUGCAGGACGUCAAAGAGCACCCGGUAGAUCUAGACCAUGAUCCCCCCCCCAAGCGGAUAGGGGCAAAGCUCGCGAGCAUACAGGCAGACAUUAUGGGUGUGAUCAUCGAGGUCCAGCGGAACUUCAGCACCAGUGGAGAGAUGAUAGAAAUAAUUUGCAACAUUCUUCGGGCAGGCUUCUCCGAGACUGAACCUGGGCCUUUCGUGUUGCCGCCCGACGUGGUGACGGACUACCUUGUUCAGCAAACAUUCAAGACACCACGCGUGGGCACUCUUCUCAGCACGGUCUGCUCGUUUGUCGGGUCGCUUUACAGCGGGCCCAAGCUGUUUGUGCCGAACCACCUCGCCCGCCUGCUUCCAUGGGUCAUCUCCAUACUGAAGGCGCUUCCAGAGCCCGAAGACGACGCCGAGAUUUGCCAGAACGGCAUCGGCUUGGUCGAAAAGGUCAUGGCGCGCUACCCCGAGGUUCUCUUCCAGCUGCAGCCCUCGCAGAUGCUGGAGUUUUUCUUCAUGUUCUCGCUCAAGGUUCUCAACGGAAAGGAGCCACUCCCUAAAAGCGCCGCGGCUGAGUUCUGGUCCAGCUUCAUUGCUCUCAAAAGCGACGAUAACCCGUCGCUGCAGGCCACCAUUUCCGGGGCCACGAACCACCUCGGCCCGCUCAUCGCGCUGACGCUCGUCCAAAACAUUGGCGGCAACGCCGCCCGCAGCGAAAUCGACCGCCUCACCGAGCCCCUAAAGAAGCUUAUCAGCAAUCACCCCCGCGCCCAAGCCUGGCUUCAGCAGGCGCUGUUCCACGAGUCUUUCCCAAGCAUCCAGGUCACGGCCGAGGAUAAGAUGCUGUUUCUUAAGAAGAUUGUUGGGCUCCGAGGCGCGAGAUCGACAAACCAGGUCGUGCGCGAGUUCUGGCUUUCGUGCCGGGGCUCCAACUUUGCUUAUGUUUCUUGA